UGAGCCCCCCAGAGCCCCCCAGCCCCCCGAGCCCAUGGCUGCACCCCGCGCGCCCCGCCUUCUGCUGCCGCUGCUGCUGCGGCUGCUGCUGCCCGCGCCCGGCCACGGUCAGGACCAACCCCCGGAACUGGCCUUCACCGUGGAGCCUGGUGAUGAGGUGGCGGUGCCUGGGCAGGCCCUGGCGCUGGGCUGCGAGGUGGAAGGAACUCCUCCUGUCCGGAUCAGCUGGAGGAAGAAUGGGGCGGAAGUGCCAGACAGUGCCCAGGCUACUGUGCUGACCAACGGCUCCCUAGUCAUCCCCCACUUCCGGGGGGCCCGGGAGGACGGCCCCACCGAUGAGGGUGACUAUGAAUGUGUGGCCCAGAACCGCUUCGGGCUGGUGGUCAGCAGGAAGGCUCGCAUCCAGGCAGCAAAUCUCCUUGCUUUGGUACGGCACCCUACUCUGCCACCACCGUCCGAGUUUCACCCUGUGUUCUCCCUCUCUGACUCAGCUUCCGGGAAAGGUGAUGGCAAGACUGGGAUUUUAGAGUUUCUGGUCUA